GGAGCAAUUUCUUUGUAUAAAAAAAUAUAUAAGUAUAUAUUUACCGGUAUUUUUUUUUGUUUUAGUAAAACUCAAUAGAUACGGGCAUAGAUUUUUUCAUUCCUGUUUAACUACGCAGGUUUGCAGGUGUAUAUAUAUACAUCGAUCUCAGGGGGUUUAUCUGUUUUCAGAAAACUGUGUUGUUUGUUAAUCAUCUAGAGAUGGAUGCAUGGUGGGAGGCCAAGAGUCAAAAGGAUGUACUCAUUCGAGCACUUCUUUCAUUUUCUGUCAUCAUAAUCUCGUGGUUCAUAUGGGCUCAUAAGAAGGCAGUUCAUUGGAAUUCUAAGCUACCACCGGGUCCUCGAGGGUUACCGAUUGUUGGAAACCUCCCAUUCAUUCAUCCAGAGUUGCACAUGUACUUCUCCAAUUUAACCAACAAAUAUGGACCCAUAAUUAAGGUCAAAUUAGGUAGCAAUCUUGUUAUCGUUUUGAGCUCAACAGAACUGGCUGAAGUUGUGCUUAAAGAAUUCGACUCGACCUUUGCCGACCGUUAUCCUACGGUAGCAACAAUGGUUAUGAGCUAUGGUGGUUCAGACAUGGGAUUUGCAAAUGGUCUUCAAUGGCGAAAUGCACGUUCAUUUUGCGUUCGAGAGAUUCUGAAUAAGGAAACCCUAGACUCCUUCUCAACUCUUUGCCAGCAGGAAAUUCGAAGAACCUUGAGAAGUUUGUAUGCCAAGGUUAAAACUACAGUAUUAUUGAGACAAGAAAUCCGCAUGUCUAUGCUUAAUAUGAUACUGAACAUGACGGAUCAAAAAAAAAUAUGAUACUGAACAUGCUGUUGGGUGGUACAUUUAACGAUGAAGAAAAAAUUAGAAUUGGCUUGGAAUUUGGACGUGUAAUUGCAGAAGUCGUGGAUUACUUAGGGAGAAGCAAUAUUUCUGAUUUUCUUCCCAUUCUAGCCAGGCUCGAUUUACAAGGAGUAGAACGACGAACGAAAGAGCUUGUUUCGUGGUUAGAUUCGUUCUUCGGCUCUAUCAUUGAACAAAAACUUGGUGGCAAACUAAACUAAAAGGAGAUCAGGAUGUUAGCAAGAAUGAUUUUAAAGAUGUUCUCCAAGUCUUUCUAGAACUUCAAGACCAAGGAGAAUUCAAAACUUCUUUUACCAUUACCAACCUUAAGGCCUUGUUUAUGGAUAUUGUGGUCGGCGGGAUUGAUACAUCAGCGGUGACGGUAGAAUGGGAGAUGGCCGAGUUGAUUAAACAUCCGAAAAUUAUGAAAAGAGCCCAAGAUGAGUUGGACAAUGUUGUAGGGAGAAACACCAAUGUAGAAGAAUCUCACAUAUCCAAGUUACCUUAUUUGGGUGCAAUUCUAAAAGAAACGCUUCGAUUACAUCCCCCAGCGCCGCUCUUACUUUCUAGGUGUCCAAGUUCAACAUGUAACUUGGGAGGCUAUGUUAUCCCUGAAGGAACUCAAGUUUUUGUCAAUGCAUGGGCAAUUCAAAGAGACCCAAAAUAUUGGGAUGAUCCAUUAGAAUUCCAACCAGAGAGAUUCUUGCAGAGCACCAACAAAAGUAAUUUUAUAGGAACCGAUUUCCGAUUUAUUCCAUUUGGUUCGGGUAGGAGGAGAUGUGUAGGUAUUCCUUUAGUAGAGAGGAUGGUACCUUAUGCACUAGCUUCUCUUCUGCAUUUAUUGGAAUGGAGAAUGCCAGAAGGUGAGGAGAUUGAUCUCACAGACAAAUUUGGUAUUGUUUUGAAGAAAAGCACACCUCUACAUGCAAUGCCAUUGCCGAGAUUAUCUGAUCCAAGCCUCUACGUUUAAGAUAGAUUUACUGGCUGCAUCGCCUUUCUGGUUAAAAUAAGUUCCAGCUAUAGAUGCAUUGCUCCAAAUAUAGGUACAACGUUCUAUAUAUGUGGACAACUUGUAAUUCAAUAGCCUCUGCUUUGUAUGAGCAAAGAAAUAAAUAAAAAUUGAUCCA